AGGUUAAUGUUCAUGCAGAAAGAACAGCGCGAAACACGAACGGUGUAUGCUCUGAUACAAUAGGUCAAAUGGAUUCAUCUAGUUUGUUGUCUGCGCUCAGCUCAAGCUGUAAAAGGGUUAGAGCGGCCUGUGCGAUUGCUCCGGAUCAGGGCGAGCAUGUUGAAGACGAGGGCUCCUGCGGGCUGCUGGACAUUCAAGAAGAUCUCAUAGUGGUCAUCAUGCGACACGCCGAUGCGAGGGCGUACGGACGGCUCAGUGCAUCAUGCAAGGAGCUGCAACGCAGAUGCGAGCUUCACCAGGCUGUGCUGUUCCGGCACUACCUCAUGUCGAGCUUCGACGUUCUCUUCGGAGAGACGGAGGUCUGCUGGGACUCUGGGUACGCGCUGGUAAAGAUCGCGAUCCCCUCCCUCACCCUCGUCAUGGAGAUCCGAGGGAAGUCAUGUGCCGUGAGCUGCGACGGGUACAGGAAGGAGCUCACGGCGACGCAACGGCCGUGGGACGGGGACACGGGCUCGAUACAAGAGAUGAUGUUUGGCUUCGUGGGCAAGAAGUCGUGCAGUUACAAGCAAGCAUUCAGGGAGUGCGUGAGCAUGCGCACUAGCUCGAGCUUCACCGAGCUGAAGAACGAUCUAGACUCCUUCUCCUCGCAGACCCGCGCGCUCAUCAGGACGAUCCAUGGCCUGCGCGGUCAGUCGCGGGAGAUCUCCGUCUCUCUCCAGAAGUGCGAGGCCCGUAAGAAGAGGAGCGAGCAGCUCGAGCUCCUGGAGCGGGCUCGCCAAAGGUCUGGCGGGCAGGAGUGGGAACCGAGCGCAGUGAGGUGGGCUCAGAGGGCCCGAGCGGAGGGUGCGGGCCCGGAGGCCAGUGCUCUUGGCUCGUCUGAGUCACGGAGGGUCUGCGAGAGCCCGGCGGAGACAGCGAGCUACAUGAAGCACCUCCGAGGGAGGUUGGCAGAGGUGAGGAAGAAACUCAAGGAGCGGCUGCAGGACGUGAGUAAGGUCCAACAAGAGAUGGCGUCUCGCAGGCUGGGCCUCAAAGACUGUGAACGGAAGCUCAAGAUCCUUCAGGACGUCGCUGCCUGAUCCCCCUCCUCUCCGUCCUGCCCAGUUGUAAUCUUUUAGCAUCGCGAUGGGCGUCGAAACGUCCUCCCGACAUAUUGCUUAUGUCGAUAGCUGCCGUGCUCCUUGGUUGCUUCGCUUCGUUGCCUUGGACAGGGCUCGCGCAUGAUGAGGACCUCGACACUAACCCCUUACUCAGCUCAUUUCUUGUUAUUGUUUGCAGUACAAACUUUCCCCUGAUCAG